AUGAUGGGGUGCCCUACAGUGAACAAUGUGCCAUUUCAUGACCGAAUGCUCAAAAUUCAGCUCUAUGGCCUGAUAAAGUCACAUAAACCCCUCCACAAAAACUCUGUAAUAAACAACAUAAUGGCUGCAUACGGACACAUGGUAUUACGACUUCCACCUUAUCAUCCAGACUUGAAUCCGAAUGAACUCAUUUGGGCUGAUGUUAAGCAGUCAGUAGGGGCAGAAAAUGGCUCAUUUCAUUUCGAUGACGUGGCAAAGAAGUGUGAGAAAUGGUUCAGUGAAUUUGGAAUAGAGAAUUGGGGAAAAGUUUGCGACUGCACCGAAAAGAAUGAAAAGGAAUAUAUCGAAAAAGAGGGAAUUAGAGAGAACGCUAUAGAAAGCAUUAUCAAUCAACAUUCUGAAGACAGCAGUGACAGCGACUCCAGUGAUAAUGAUACAACUGAAUUCAGUGAAAACAGUGACUUGUCUUGA